AUGUCCACACAGCCCAAGAUCCUCAUCCUCGGUGCUUCUGGCUACAUCGGUGGUACCAUCGUCGUUGACCUUCUGAAGACCCACAACCCCGCCAACAUCACCGUCCUCGUGCGAGACACCACCAAAGAAGCACUUCUCAAGCCUUUGACCGUCAACAUAGUCGUCGGCUCAGUCGAUGACGUUGCUCUCAUCCAAUCCCUGGCUGAAGCCAACGAUGUGAUCAUCAACUGCGCUGUGCCCUUUGGUGGCGGUGAUGCCAGUAUUCAGGCUCUUGUUGAUGGCCUUGAGGCAAGGGCGAACAAAGGGGCUGUGAAGCCUGUCUUGUUGCAGAUUUCGGGCACCGGCACUAUCAUGUACGGCGCCAAUGGUGAGAAAGGAACUGACGUCUGGAAGGACACUGACUACAAGCGCUGGAAAGCUCUUCCUCAGACAGCCUUCUUCCACAGCGGCGAUACCAUUGUUGCCAGAGCUGUUGAAAGGGGUGUCAUCUCUGCUUAUAUCGUCAUGGCCCCCACUGUUUACGGACAAGGUACUGGUCCUGGCAACAAGCUUUCUCUUCAGAUCCCAGCGUACGUUCGAUACGCCAAGCGUACAGGCCAAGCUGCGUACAUUGGCAAAGGCGACAACGUGUGGGGCAAUGUACAUGUGCAAGACCUCAGCGAUCUCUUUAUCCUUCUCCUCACUCACGCGCUUUCAAACCCUGCCGCUACCGCCGCCCUCCCCGGGUCACACGGCUGGUCCAACCUCAUCUACGCUGGUGUUGACACCCACGCCUGGAGGCCCAUCAUCGAGCUCAUUGGCGACCUCCUCCAUGCCCGUGGCGAUAUUCCCAACCCUGGCGCCAUCAGCAUUGGGGAGGGUGAAGGCGAUAUGUACAUGUUUGGAGGCAACUCCUUUAUGUCAGUCAGCGAGAAGGCCGCGGCCUUGGGGUGGAAGAAGCGUCAGCCAGGCCUCGUGGAUUCAGUAAAGCUUGCUCUCUCUGUUGGCAAGUAG